UGGCCACCUGAGUUCAUUUGUAGCAAGGUGCCUCUCCAUCUCUCUCCUGUCCAGCCAGACAAAACAACACCACCGAAGGGCUGAUCGCAACAGCAAGACCGCAACCAUGAACGGCACGGAGGGACCCUUUUUCUAUGUCCCUAUGUCAAAUGCCUCUGGCAUUGUCAGGAAUCCUUAUGAAUACCCUCAGUACUACCUUGUCAGCCCGGCAGCAUACUUUAUGCUGGCCUGCUACAUGUUCUUUCUCAUCCUUACCGGCUUCCCCAUCAACUUCCUGACCCUGUACGUCACCAUCGAGCACAAGAAACUGAGGACCUCCCUGAACUACAUCCUGCUGAACCUGGCGGUGGCCGACCUCUUCAUGGUGAUUGGUGGCUUCACCACCACGUUGUACACAUCCUUGAAUGGCUACUUCGUCUUCGGUAGGACUGGCUGCAACAUCGAAGGAUUUUGUGCUACCCUUGGUGGUGAGAUUGCUCUGUGGUCCCUGGUUGUCCUGGCUGUUGAGAGGUGGGUGGUCGUCUGCAAGCCUAUGAGCAACUUCCGCUUUGGUGAGAACCACGCCAUCAUGGGUGUUGCAUUCAGCUGGGUGAUGGCCGCUACCUGUGCUGUGCCCCCACUCUUUGGCUGGUCCCGUUACAUCCCAGAGGGCAUGCAGUGCUCAUGCGGAAUCGACUACUACACCCGUGCCCCCGGCUUCAACAACGAGUCCUUUGUGAUCUACAUGUUCGUUGUCCACUUCCUGAUUCCACUAGUUGUCAUCUCCUUCUGCUAUGGCCGUCUGCUGUGCACCGUCAAGGAGGCAGCUGCUGCCCAGCAGGAGUCUGAGACCACCCAGAGGGCUGAGAGGGAAGUUACCCGCAUGGUCGUCCUGAUGGUGAUCUCCUACCUGGUGUGCUGGGUGCCCUAUGCCAGCGUGGCCUGGUUUAUCUUCUGCAAUCAGGGAAGUGAGUUUGGCCCUGUCUUCAUGACAGCCCCGGCCUUCUUUGCCAAGAGCUCCGCUCUCUACAACCCCCUCAUCUACGUGUGCAUGAACAAGCAGUUCCGCCACUGCAUGAUCACCACCCUGUGCUGCGGAAAGAACCCCUUCGAGGAAGAGGAGGGAGCGUCCACGACAGCCUCCAAGACCGAGGCCUCCUCCGUGUCCUCCAGCUCCGUGGCCCCCGCAUAAAUGGGCUCUCAUGGACCCCGCGAUCCAGCGUGCACAAAGAAGACUUCUGCUCCCCCGGGAAACGACUGAAGGCUAUCGUCUACAGAAAUAACUUCCUUUUUGUAUUUUUACAAACCAGUUGGUUCAACCUAAUGACAGUUGCAGAAGAGGGCAGGCCAAGAAAAAGUUGUUUCUGUAUGUACAGAGAGUCCAAUGUAACGAUGUGUAAGAUGUUUUUUUUUCCUGAAACGAAAGCAAAAUAUCUUUGAUCUUUUACAGUUGGAGUCUAUAUGUUACUGGCUUAUUUGUGAAUGUAGAGGCAUGUAAUCAAGGCAACGUAAAAUAAAACGCACUUUGCAAAUUAA